AUGACGGCCCCGUCGUCGACGGUCGUACCCCCCACCCCUCUGCACCCCCUCUCCUCCGCUGGUGGGCCCCACCUGCCGCACUACCUGUCUCGCCAGGCUCGACUGACCGUCCAGGCAGUAUCACGGCCGCGGCCUCGAAGCCCGUCCACGCGAUGUUUCGCAGUCUCUGCCGCCGGUGGUGCAUCACCGGCAGGCGCGGGUGAAAAUUCGGUACUACAGGCUCUGUCGCCCUGCAACUGUAUCAUGCCUAGAAUUACUUUUGACUGUUUGAGGUGUAAGAGUUGGUGCGUCAACCUAGAAAAUGCGUUUGAAGCCGUAUGCUUGAAAACGAGGUUGUUCACGGUUGACCUUGGGAAACCCACACCAUCUGUGACGGCUGACGCGGAUCGACUCGCGGUCAUGGAGACUCUCGGCUAUGGUGCUGCCUUCACUGCGGCUAUUGUCAGGUCAGUGAUACGUUACUUACGCCUGUAUUCUCUUACAAUAUUAGAACUAUCGGUUUACGGCACAUCUGCGAGCGUGCUGGUAGCAGUUAGGAGUUUGUUGAGGCGCUUUGGAGUACAUUCGAGGUGGUACGAGGAUAGGAGCCGGGAGAUCAGGGAGCUGUAUUUUGAAUAUCGUAUUGUAGAUAUAUUGCAUAAGAAGUGGAAAACAUGUCAGGAAAAGGUCGGAGUAAGAGGAAGAACAGAAAGGCGAGUGUGGGGGUGCGUCUGUCGAUUUGAAAGCGCUGGUAUGGAAUUUGGCGGUGUCUGUCACCGAAUUGAAAAAUACAGUGGUAUAGCUGGUGGAGAAGGUUGCCAUGUCAGAAGAGAUUGUGACAGAGGCGGAGACUGUCUCAGUUUCAAAAGGGGGGUACCAGAGCAUACAAAAUUGGCCCUAGCACUAGGUUGUCUUAGGGGUUUGGCAUCCGAAUGGGCAAGUCUGAAGAAGGAUUCGUUGAUUGAUUUUGCCACAUUUGAGCAAGCCUUUAAAGAGAGAUGUGGGGGGGUUGAAAAGCAAAGAGAGCUUUUCAUGACGUUGGUUUAUGGAAUACAUCCAGGCGGUAGAAGAGCGGAUUAUUUCCUAAUCUUGAUGUCUCAGGCAAAUUUUCUCGACAAUAAGAUUCCUAUAGUGAAUUUGAUAGGUAUGUUGGCCAAACAUUUCGAUGCGGAAAUUUAG